GUGAUUUGCCAUGGUGCAUGUGCCUUCUGCGGAUCUCAGCCCAGAAGAGCUAGCAAAGCUCCGCUUUUUGGCAGCGAGGCAUUUCAGAUUUGCGCAGCUCCGGUGCAAGGCUCUGACUACGCCGCUGCCGGAUGAGCCGGGAGAAUCCACACAGAAAGAUCUGGUGGAUCAGCUCGGCUCCUCCGUUCCAGACCUACUGCUGUGGUUGGUGGCACAGGCAGAACGCUGCCCCGUGCCGGGUGGUUGGCGGCGGCUCAAUGAUGGUGACCUGUACAUCGAUGAAUUCAGCUGCCAACCACCUCGGACGGUGCACCCGAUGCUUGGGCACUUUUUGAGACUGGCCACGUGUGUCGUGGCUUUGCCAAAGACAUCGCGACAGCAGGUCAUCAUGGAAUUGUCCUGCUUUAGGAAGGAACUGAAGGCAGAAUCCUAUUCGUUGUGUCAGCAAUAUGAGAGUCCGCAAGCCUGUGGGCUACAAGAGUGGUAUCACAAGCAAAGCGGAUGGUUUACUUGUACUGAUCCUCUCAAAGCUCAUAGAUACUUGAUGACGGUUGUCAACGAGCUGGAAAGCAAGCUGCUGCCUUCCGUCAAAGACGAAUGUCCGCCUUCCAGCUGCCUUCCGACCAUCAAAGUGCGUUACGAGAUCCCAGAAGCUGUGGAAAUCGAAACAAAUGAAAUGAAAGGUCCUGAAGUCGUGCAACUUCAUUCUGAUCAUCCUGGCUUGGGAUGUUCUGUCUUUGACAUCUCGCAGUCACGGAUCUUGAAGUCGCCAAAAAAGUCUUCCAUAUCUUCUCCAGAGAGUACCUUAGGGAGUACCUUAGGUGCUGAUGGGAGGACGGAAUUGGAGUGCCAAUACGAGCAGAACUGGAGCUCUUUGGUGUCGCCCAGCAAGAUCAGCACUCAGACACCUCAGACUCUGCCCAGCGGCUCGGACAGUGACUCGACGUGUCUUCGCAGCAAGCAAAACGCCAAUUGGGCCAAUGUGGAUGGGGCCCGUGCCUGGGUUGUCUCUGACGAAUCCCGGAAAGAUUUCAGACCUCCGAGCUCAUGGGCGCCACUUGGGGCUGAGUCGGCCGUGAGCUCGCCGAGUUCGGCUGACCCUGAGAUGACGUUUCGUCACGAGGUCAGAACGAAGUUGAAUUCAAGAGGCGAAGGACUUUGACAUGUAGAUAUAGUAUGAUAUAGUCUCGCUUGACUGUUUGACGACCUGACAUGAUCUCUUUGUAGCAUCCAAGGUUUCGCUAGCGGUAGUUCUGAUUUGUUUUGUUGAGAUGCCAGAGUGGCAAAAAUUCGCUGUCAGCGCUGGAUAGGGAAUCCUACCAGUGAUCCUAGUGGUCCUAGUGGACGGCACUGCAGUCUCUCCGAUGUGGGAAC